AUGUCAUCAGAUAGUGAAAUAUCAUAUAUUUAUGUAGAUGAUGAAGAUGAAGAUCAAGAAGUAAUAGAAAUUGACGAUGAAGAUGAAGAUGAAGUAAUUGAAAUAGAAGAUGAAGAAGAAGAAGAAGAUGAACAUGAGUUAAACGAUCAAACAUCAGAUAUAUCUUUUGAGUCAGAAGAAGAAGAAGAUCAAUAUAAUGAUGAAGAUAUUUUCGACAAAAACACCAAAACUUCAGAAACUCCAUCCUCCAAAAUCAUAGAUGAUUCAAUAAAUGUUGGAUGUAAUGGAACUUUAUAUUUACCAUGGAGUUUAGAUCAUUUUAUUCAAACUCAUUUUCUACAAUCUUUAAAAAAAUUAAAAAAUGUUGGAUUAAAUGAAUGUAAUGAUAAUGAUUUAUUAAUAAUGUUACAAUUUAAAAAAUGGCAAUCAGAUGAAGUAUUAGAUUCAUUUUUCAGUAAUAAAGAUAAAUUUUUACAACAAUGUGGUCUACCGUUAAAUGAUUCAAAUAAUAAAUUUGAAAAAUUAAAAGAUUUUACUUGUUUUAUUUGUUGUGAAACUUAUAAUCAAGUUGAAACUUAUUCAUUAACUUGUGAUCAUAAAUAUUGUAUUGAUUGUUAUUAUAAAUAUAUUAUGAAUGAAGUAAAUAAUGGUCAAUUAAUAAGAUGUAUGGAACCAGAAUGUAAAUUAUCAAUUCCUCAUAAAGAUAUAGCUCAUAUGAUUGCAAUAAUGGAAGCAGAACAUACAUUAAUAAUUGCUGAAAAACCAAUUGAAGAAAACCCAUUAUUUAUAUCAUCAGCAAGAGAAUGGAUUAAUCAAAAAAAUAAUUUUAAAUGGUGUCCAGCAACAGAUUGUAAAGGAUUUACAGAAGUUGUGAAAUCUACUAAUACUACUACUUCAUCUAGUCAAGAAGAAAAUAAUCAAAAUUCAAUAGAUAUUUCAAAAGUCCCCAUUGUUGGUUGUUCAGAACAUCAUGAAUUUUGUUUUGAAUGUAAUUAUGAAAAUCAUUUACCAUGUACUUGUUGGUUAGUUAAAAAAUGGAUUAAAAAAUGUGCAGAUGAUUCAGAAACUGCUCAUUGGAUAGAUGCUCAUACUCAUCAAUGUCCAAAAUGUCAUACAUCAAUUGAAAAAAAUGGAGGAUGUAAUCAUAUGACAUGUAGAAAAUGUAAACAUGAAUUUUGUUGGAUUUGUUCAGGAGAUUGGAAACAACAUAAUAAUAAUUAUUCAUGUAAUAGAUUUAAAGAUGAAAGAGCAGAAGAUGAAAUAAGAAAAAAUAAAAGUAGACAAACUUUAGAAAGAUAUUUACAUUUUUAUAAAAGAUAUUCAAUACAUGAAAGUUCAAUGAAAGGUGAUCAAAAAAUUUUAAAAAAAAUUGAUGAAGUUACAAAAUUAUAUAUGGAAGAUAGAAGAUCUAAUAAAAAUGAAAAUCAUUUAUCAUGGAAUGAUGUUCAAUUUUUACCUGAUGCAAUGAGAUCUUUACAAAAUGGUAGAAAAACUUUAAAAUGGACUUAUUGUUUUGCAUUUUAUUUAAAUAAAUCAAAUUUUUCACAAAUUUUUGAAACAAAUCAAGAUUUUUUAAAUAAAACUGUUGAAGAUUUAAGUGAAAUUUUUGAAAAAAUUAUUGCAAUAAAUAAACCAAAUAAAGUUGGUACUAUAUUAGAAAAUAAAAUUAAAAUUAUUAAUUUAGCUGAAUUAGUAAAUCAAAGAAGAAAAACUUUAAUUAAAUCUGCUGAAGAAAAUUUAAAGGAUGGGUUGUUAUCAUUUGAAUGA